CCAGAAGAACAAGUCUCCCUUUACUACUAUCACAGAGCCCCCGAACAGCAAACGAAACUUGAAUUUGAUUCGAUUCAAUUUUCAGUAGAGAAGAAGAAGGAGAAGAAAGAAGAUGGGGGUUCCGUGGGGUUCAGGAGGAGGGGCAGGGGGAGCGGAUUUGCUGAGUGAAAGAGCAGCUACCAUGAGAGAAUCGCUGCUCAAGAGUCAAUCUAUUACUGAUAACAUGGUUUCUAUUCUGGGUUCUUUUGAUCACCGCCUCUCUGCUCUCGAAACCGCCAUGCGUCCAACUCAGAUCAGGACUCAUGCUAUUAGAAGAGCUCAUGAGAAUAUUGACAGGACAUUGAAAGCUGCAGAGGUCAUUUUGUCCCAGUUUGAUCUUACUCGCCAGGCAGAGGGUAAAAUACUCAAGGGGCCACAUGAAGAUCUCGAAACUUAUCUUGUUGCAAUUGAACAACUAAGAGAAAACAUUCGGUUUUUUAGUAGCAAUAAAAGUUUUAAGAGUAGUGAUGGAGUACUAAGCCAUGCCAAUGGUUUGCUUAACAAGGCCAUUUCAAAGCUGGAAGAGGAGUUUAAGCAGCUUCUGUCAUCUUACAGCAAGCCUGUCGAACCUGAUCGUCUUUUUGAGGGACUUCCUAGUUCAAUGCGACCAUCAUCUGGAUCACCAGGAGAGCAGCCUGAUGCAAAUGGGAAGAACCCUUCACCAAAUGGUCAGCACCAUGAGCAUCAUCAUGCUAAUGCAGAAAAUGCUGUUUACACUCCCCCAACUCUUGUACCACCAAGAGUCCUGCCACUGUUGCAUGAUCUAGCCCUACAAAUGGUUCAAGCUGGCCACCAACAGCAGUUACUGAAAAUAUACAGGGAUACUCGUUCUUCAGUUUUGGAAGAAAGUCUUCGAAAAUUGGGAGUGGAGAAACUUAGUAAAGAGGAUGUUCAGAAGAUGCAGUGGGAAGUUUUGGAAGCCAAGAUUGGGAACUGGAUUCAUUUUAUGCGGAUUGCUGUCAAACUGCUAUUUGCUGGGGAAAGGAAAGUUUGUGACCAAAUAUUUGAAGGCUUUGAGUCCCUCAAGGACCAGUGUUUUGCUGAAGUGACAGCUGGGAGUGUUGCAGUUCUCCUUAGUUUUGGUGAUGCGAUUGCCAAAAGUAAAAGAUCUCCUGAAAAAUUAUUUGUGCUGCUGGAUAUGUAUGAAAUCAUGCGAGAACUGCACUCUGAGAUUGAAACUCUUUUCAGAGGUAAAGCUUGCAAUGAUAUUAGAGAAUCUGCUUUGGGGUUGACAAAGCGCCUUGCCCAGACUGCACAAGAGACCUUCAGUGAUUUUGAAGAAGCAGUUGAAAAAGAUGCAACCAAAACUGCGGUUGCAGAUGGAACUGUCCAUCCUUUGACCAGCUAUGUGAUUAACUAUGUGAAGUUCCUAUUUGACUACCAAUCAACAUUGAAGCAGCUCUUUCAAGAAUUUGAAAAUGGAGAUGGGUCAGAUUCUCAAUUAGCUGCUGUAACAAUGCACAUAAUGCAGGCUUUACAAACCAAUUUGGAUGGGAAAUCUAAGCAAUAUAAAGAUCCUGCUCUUAGUAACUUGUUUCUUAUGAACAACAUUCACUACAUGGUCAGAUCUGUCCGCAGGUCUGAAGCCAAAGACCUGUUGGGGGAUGAUUGGGUGCAAAGACACAGGAGAAUUGUGCAGCAACAUGCAAAUCAGUAUAAGAGGAUUGCUUGGGCCAAGAUUCUGCAAUGCCUCUCCAUACAAGGUCUGGCAUCGUCAGGUGGUAGUGGUGUUAGUGCUGAUGGGGGAAAUAGUAGUGGAGCUUCAAGAGCAAUGGUGAAAGAUAGAUUGAAGACUUUUAAUAUUCAAUUUGAGGAGCUUCAUCAAAGACAAUCUCAGUGGACUGUCCCUGAUACUGAGCUACGGGACUCUCUGAAACUUGCUGUUGCUGAAGUUUUGCUGCCAGCAUACAGAUCUUUCCUUAAACGCUUUGGGCCUUUGGUUGAGAAUGGUAAAAAUCCCCAGAAAUAUAUCAGAUACACACCCGAGGAUCUCGACCACAUGCUUAAUGAAUUUUUCGAAGGAAAAACGUUAAAUGAGCCGAAGCGGUAAACUUGCGACUUAGAUGAGCUAUUUCUGGUUCUGGAAUCAGGAAUUCGAGGUGGUGGAGAUAUCAGGAAUUGGACGUUAAUGGUAGUAUUCUUGUAACAAUUUCUUCAUUUUUCUGAUUGAUAUGGAAAUGAUUGGAAAAAAAAAAGUAGUGAGAUAAGGAAGAAAUUGCCGCUAUCCAGGAAGUUUGUUUCCUCCUCAGCAAAAUUACUAUGUAAAUGUUUUUUUUUUUUUUUGGUGUAAAGUCUUUUGUUUCUCAAUUUGUGUUUUGAUGAUGUAUGUACAGACGGACCAUGGAAGAGUUUUCUGUGGGGGAAAAGAGGUGUGUAUGCAGAUGAAUACAUGGUGGAUCCCAAUCUGUAUGAUGGAUCCAUACUAUGCAAAUUUUUAGCUACUCGGUUGAAUUAGAAUUAGGUAAGCCGUAUCAAUAUUGAUCAA